AUGUCCGACGAGGUCGUCUUUGCCCUAUUUGAGCCGUCUGAGGCCAAAUUGCUCACGUCGACUUCGCAAACAAAACUUUUGGUUGAAAAUCCUAUCCUAGCUUCAGCUCUCUCAAACAUCUUUCCUUACCUACUCUUCUUUGAUUACUUCCUCGAAGUCAUCACAUGGACCAAUGGCGACCCCUACCAGAAUUGUCUCUUGGUGGUAUCUUACUCGGUUCUUGUCUUAUACUGGCAAACAUUGAAGUAUUGGAUUGUUCCCAUGCUCAUGUCACUUGUGUUCUCGAGUGUGGUGUGGACCACCAACUCCGUAAUGCAAGACGCCAAAUAUGGUGAGAGGCCCACCUUAGAUGAAGUGCUUCUGACUCUCCACAACAUAACUGUGCGAUUCGAGCUCUUUUUGCGUCCGGCAAAGCAUCUCCAAUUGACAAGACAGAAUUCUUACAAAAUGCUCAUUGGAGUAUUGCUAGCCACGCCACUUCAGCUAGUUCUCACAAAUACCAUCUUGUCUCCUCGCAGAUACUUAUGGGUCAUGGGCCUUUUCUUCUUGACCUUUCACUCGCCGUGGUCGUUUGCUAUCCGUAGAUUGAUCUGGAGAUCAGUGUAUGUGCGUCGUGUGGCCUAUUACCUCACAGGACUAGACAUUCGUACGGCUAGAAACGACGAUCUCCUCUGUAAGAGAGCCGGUCACUCGACUAUCUCGCGGACGCACUCGGCAGCAACCACCGACAUCGAGGAGCUCACCGAAAGCAGAGUACCUGCGUCCGACAAAGUGAAAAUGGUCAAUAACUUCACAAUUCUCCGCAAAGUGAUCAUGUCGCCUACGCAGUUGCGACAGACCGUGCGUUUCGACAUCUUAGAAAACGAGAGGCGGUGGAUUGGGCUUGGCUGGUCCAAGCUUUUGUUGCCCAGUGAACGGGCCAGUUUCUGCUACGAGUCGCUGAUGAUGUCUGCACCAGAUCCGUGGCUGGAGACAGAGUUCCGGUUUCCUGUGUUUGAGAACGACUUGUAUACGUAUCUGUGGCAAUGGAUGGAUGAUAAGUGGUCUAUAGACCAGGAGUUUAACCGUUCUCGCUAUAAGAGUGGCUGGGUGUACUACGACACAAACUGGAAGAGACCCGCCUACCAGGAUGGCUUUUCGCGGUACACGAGGACGAGAAAAUGGACCAGGCGGGCCAUCUUGCUCAUUGACAAACAGGCAGAGGUGUUGGAUGGGUAG